ACUCACACACACUACUGAGACACUCUCACACACACUACUGAGACACACUCACACACACUACUGAGACACUCUCACACACACUACUGAGACACUCUCACACACACUACUGAGACACACUCACACACACUACUGAGAUACACUCACACACACUACUGAGACACUCAUGCCAUCUCAUUAGUGUGUGCGAGAGCAUUUCACUAUACAACGUGAGAGCAUCUCAGUUACACCGGAAAGACGGAAACAAAGUAGUGAAAAAGCGAAAAAGUAGUGGAAAAUCUUAGCCCAGUGCGAGAAUUUGAGGGUUAUUUCAAUCAAUAAUUUUCUGAUAAAUAUGAAGCUGCAAUCCUGUAUAUUUGAUCAGUCUGCAAGCCCUCUUUGUAAUUGGCAAUCGCGAUGACAUCGUAGAUUUUUCAAUAGGGUGCUGCGCUGCGUUGAAUGCUUACGGCAAGACCCAGGAGAAGAGAGAUUUCUUAGAGAGCUUAAUGACCACACCAUUACCCUAAAUUCUAUGUUGUCUAUGGUUCGCUCCAGGGAAGGACCUGGUGGAGAGACUGUUGUUUUUUUGGAGUCGAUAUGUUUUUGUUUUAAUCGGUUUAAUGACUUUAGAACAAGAGGAAUAAAUCAAGAAAACUGCCUUCCUGCGGUCCCACCUACAGCCCGCAAUGGCCUUCCGUGUCGCCCCCGAUAUGAUUUAACAAUCGAGCAAUUCAACCAGUGCAUGGGACUCGGUUUCAACUGGCAGGGAAUUGCUUCUUUUUUUGGAAUUAGCCGUCGGACUGUGUUCAGACAUAGGCAACGUCUUGGUGUCGGACCUUUGGAAUACUCAUCAUUGAACAAUGAAGAACUGCAAUCAACCAUAAGGGAGAUUUCCACGAAUACCCCGAAUGCUGGAGAGAGAUACGUUAUUGGAAGUCUGCGGGCUCGCGGAAUCCGUAUCCAGCGCUGGAGGGUCCGCCAAAUUCUGCAGGAGAUUGAUCCGGUCGGCCGAUCAUUGAGACGCAGUCAAGCCAUUCGCCGAAGGGUUUACAGAGUGCAAACUCCGAACGAGCUAUGGCAUAUUGACGGGAACCAUAAAUUGGUCAGGUGGAGAAUGGUGUUCCAUGGCUGUGUGGACGGGUACAGUCGCACCAUCAUAUACCUUCAGUGCCUCAACAAUAACAGGGCAUCAAGUGUUUUGAGCCUGUUUCAGCAGGGCGUAUCUGACUUUGGACUGCCUUCAAGAGUACGGAGCGACCAUGGAAGGGAAAAUAUAGAGGUUGCCCGAUUUAUGCUGAAUAGUAGAGGGUUGAACAGAAGAAGCAUGAUCAUGGGGCGCAGCGUACACAACCAAAGAAUAGAGAGGCUAUGGGCAGAACUAAACCGAGUCGUUUCAUAUUAUUUCUCUGACUUAUUUACCUUUAUGGAAAAUGAAGACAUACUUGACUCUCUUUGUGAUCUUAAUUUAUUUUGUUUGCAUUACAUUUAUUUACCUCGGGUUCAAAGGGCAGUCAGAGAAUUCAGGAGCCAAUGGAAUAACCAUGGACUCUCUACCCAAGGAAGCCAAACCCCAUUGCAAUUGUGGCAUAGAGGUGUUGUCAGUCAUAUUGAAUAUUUGUGUACAUGAAUAUUUAGAAACUAGUAAUAGAGACGCACUACCUGUAGUAGAUAGCAGGAAUAAUAUUGAGGUUCCUGAAAACAGUAUUAAUGUAAGCAAUAGCACCAUGCAAGAAAUUCAACAAUUAAUUGACCCAUUAAUGAAUGAUGGAAAUUAUGGAAUUCAAUUAUUUCUGUCUCUUUUACAUUUUUUACAAGCAAGACAUCCCAGUAGACUAAGUGAAUCUCAGAUUUGAAUAAUUAUAAAUAUAUAUAUAGCACUUUACGCAGCAUUAAAUACACAAUUGUUAAUAGAAUAAGAACAAAUAAAAGUAAUAAUGGUUGGUGGUGGUGACAAGCAUGAAUAGUCUGUAAAUUGUCCAGUACCAAUGUGUAGCACCCAACUGGGUGAUGCCUGGCUGCGGUGAAGCGCCAAAGCUAUCAUUGCAUCGCAGAAACAGAAAGAUGACAUCUAAAAUGGAACUUGGGGCUUUAUCCUUUGUGGAUCAAAAACAUCUACAUCUUGAUCUAUACAUAAUAUAAGAUACGUAUAUCAUAGUGAAUAGCUACUGUUAAGAUAGAUGAAAGAUAUGUUGCUGGUACUAUUUGAUUACUGUGGUAUUUUUAUUAUGUUCUAGUGUGAAUGUCAAGUAGGUGACAUUGGAUGUGAAUAAAGAGAUUGAGCUAUUAUUUGAAAACCAGCUUUUAUUGAUGUGUAAAUGUACCUGUAUAAAAGAACACUGAAAAUCAAAA